AUGCUGAUCGCUCAGAGGUCGGGUAGGCUGUUUGACGACUGGAUUGAGGACCACGUGGACUCCACAGAGCGGCAUGACAAGGCUGUAUUUCUACUGGAAGCCUUGGAGGACCUAGACACAAGCCUGCGGAAACUACACUCGAGGCUAUUCGUAGUACGAGGCCAGCCCACAGAUGUCUUUCCAAGACUUUUCAAGGAGUGGAAUGUCACCCGGCUGACCUUCGAGUACGACUCAGAGCCCUAUGGGACAGAGCGCGAUGCCACCAUCCUGAAGAUGGCACAGGACUUUGGCGUGGAGACCCGCGUCAGAAAUUCCCACACACUCUMCAAACUGGCCAGGAUCAUUGAGAUGAACAACGACAUGCCCUCGCUGACCUUCAAGCGCUUCCAGGCCAUCGUCCAGCGGCUGGAGCUGCCCAUGAAGCCCCUCCCCACUGUCACCCGACAACAGAUGGACUGCUGCCAGACAGGUAUCGCGGCCAAUCACGAUGAGCGUUACGGAGUGCCCUCCCUCGAUGAACUAGGUUUUAAGAAUCAUGGCUUGGGUCCUGCUGCGUGGAGGGGAGGGGAGACUGAGGCACUGGAGAGACUGAACAAUCAUAUGGACAAAAAGGUGUUUGAGGAGCUGCUCCUGGAUGCAGACUGGAGUGUGAACGCAGGCAGCUGGAGGUGGCUCUCCUGCAGCUCCUUCUUCCAGCAGUUCUUCCACUGCUACUGUCCUGUAGGCUUCGGCCGGAGGACUGACCCCAGCGGAGACUACAUUAGGAGGUAUAUACCCAAGCUGAAGGACUACCCUAACCGGUACAUCCACGAGCCGUGGACGGCCCCCGACUCGGUGCAAAAGGCCACUAACUGUGUGGUGGGGAUGGACUACCCCAGACCCAUGCUCAACAUAUGA